AUGUCAUCAAUACCAACAAAUCAAGAGCAGUCACCGGUGGCUAGACCAAGAAAAAGAUACAAACUAUACAUUAAAGACUCGACUUGUCCGAUACCUUUAAGAACGUUAGAUAGAUGGAAUAAAUCUAUUCGAGAUAAUAACACAAACGAAACAAGCAACGAGGUGACUUCAAGUGAAGAUAAUAAUUUCUCUAAUACAGAUAAUAUCAUAGAUUAUGAAAGUGAAUUAAGUGAAGAUUCUGAGAAUGAGUCGACUUCAAGAUCAAAAAACCCUCAAGAUUCAUCAGACUCUUCAGAUGAAGAAAUUAUCGUCAACAGUGCUGAAGAAGAUUGUGACAACAACGACAACAACGAAUUAGAAAAUGAUAAUUAUGACCAGCUUGACUUAAAUGAAAGGGAAGAUAACGAUAAUAUCAAUGCUAACAUUGGAGCUCAAAAUGCUAUAAACAAUUUAUGUAAUCUUGCUAACAGAUCGAAUAUCAUGUUGUAUGAAGGCAGUAAAAUUACAAUUAACGAGGCAGUCUUCGAUUUAUUAAAUUUAUAUGUCAAACAUGAUCUAACUAAAGCAGCUCUUAAAGAAGCUCUGAAAAUACAACUAAAGGUACUACCAGAAAAUAAUUUGAUGCCAAAAACUGUGUACAGAUUACUCCAACAUGUUAAGCAAAUCGCGCCUCCAUGCACUGUCACAAGACAUUAUUAUUGUAAAAAUUGUUUUGAGUACAUUGGGAACAACAUCGAAAUUUUAAAAUGUCCAACAUGUGAUGCUAAAAAAUGUAAAGAUACUUUUUUUUUCGAAUUUGACAUAUGCACUCAAAUUAAAUAUUUAUUUGAGCAUUACCAUCUUUAUAACAAAUUGAAACCUUUAGUCAUACGAAAUGACAAUGUGAUUACUGAUAUUACUGAUGGCUCUGAGUAUAUUCGGAUUAAUUCUCGCAGUGAUAGGCAAAAGUUUGAUUUGACACUG